GCUCCGCCCCUCGGGCCAGCUCUGCCCUCGGCUCCUUGUUGCCCGCUGACCCCUCCGCCCGCCACCGGCCGGUCCAAGAUGGAGGGCGCUUCGCGGGCGCCGUUGGCCCUCCAGCUGCUCCUCCUCGCGGCCCUGCCGGCCGCUUGCUGGUUAACCAGGGGCACCCUUGAGCCGCCGCUGCUUCCCGGAGCCCUAAAGGACAGCAUCAGGAUUAACGUAACGACCCUGAGAGACGAUGGGACGGAAUCCAGAGAACAGGUUGUUCUUAACAUAACCUAUGAGAGUGGACAGGUAUAUGUAAAUGACUUCCCUGUAAAUAGAGGUGUAACCCGAAUAAGCUGUCAGACUUUGAUAGUGAAGAAUGAAAAUCUGGAAAAUUUGGAGGAAAAAGAAUAUUUUGGAAUUGUCAGUGUAAGGAUUUUAGUCCAUGAGUGGCCUAUGACAUCUGGUUCCAGUUUGCAACUCAUUGUCAUUCAAGAAGAGGUAGUAGAGAUGGAUGGAAAACAAGCUCAACAAAGAGACAUUACUGAAAUUGAUAUUUUAGUUAAGAAUCAGGGAGUACUCAGACAUUCGAACUACACCCUGCCCCUGGAAGAAAGCAUGCUACACUCGAUUUCCCGCGACAGUGAUAUUUUAUUUACCCUUCCCAGCCUCUCUAAAAAAGGAGAAAGUGUUAGUUCUUUGCAAACCACCAGCCAGUAUCUUAUCAGGAAUGUGGAAACCACUGUAGAUGAAGACGCUUUACCUGGCAAAUUACCUGAAACUCCUCUCAGAGCAGAGCCUCCAUCUUCGUAUAAGGUGAUGUGUCAGUGGAUGGAAAAGUUCAGAAAAGAUCUCUGCAGGUUCUGGAGCAGUGUUUUCCCAGUAUUUUUUAUGUUUUUGAAUGUCAUGGUGGUUGGAAUUAUAGGAGCAGUUGUAGUAAUAACUAUCUUAAAAGUGCUUUUCCCAGUUUGUGAAUACAAAGGAAUUCUUCAGUUGGAUAAAGUGAAUGUUAUACCUGUGACAGCUCUCAACUUAUAUUCAGAUGGUCCAGAGAAAACAGCAGAAAAACCUGGAGAUAAAACAUGUAUUUAAGACACCACCUCGAAUCAUGGACUCCGCAUUAGACUGUUGGUUCAGAUUUGCCACUCGAAUAUAAUUUUCUUUAAAUCAUUAAGAAUCAGUUUAUAUACUAGAAAAAUCCCUAAACUCCUAAAACUGCCAAAAACUUGACCUUUAAAGUCACAAAGCUCAUCUUAUUCUAUAAUAGGGCUGGCUGUUCAGAUGAUGAAUUAUUAAGGGAAAUUGAAAUGGAAGACAUGAAGAAACUCUGAAACAACCAAAAGAAAAGAAAAGCAAGACAAAUGCCAUGUGCCAAUACUUUUCAAGGUGCCUUUUGUUAGGGAAAUUAUAUCCACUUAAUUACUAUAUGACUUUAUGAAAAGCACUUUAUGAAAUUCUAAUUUAAAAGCUCAAGAACUUAACACUUAUUUUUUUAUUCAGUAAAAUGUGCCUUUAUAUUAAGUAUGUGACUCAGUAUAAAAUCAUUGAAGCGUAUCAUGAUUUGAUUGUAUCCUGUACCAAGACUACUUACCUUCAAUGAACCAGGAUUUUAAAACAGUGACAUGUUCUCACGCUAAAAUAAACUUUUCUUUUUUUUUUGAAGGAAAAAAAAAGUACAGUCUUUUUGGAAUAAAAACUUUGCCCAGGUGACAAUUACAUAUAUAACAGCUCCUUUCACAUAACACUGGCUGAAACCAAGUUUCAAAUUAGUUAAUGAGUCCAUCAGUGUCAUGGAAUUAGAAUGUGCCUUUGCUCCUGUGGUUCCAAGUAUAAUCCUAUUGACCCUACAGUGGUGUUUGGUUUUUUUUAAACCAUCACCCAUAUUGAUGUAUAUUUUACAGUGUGAUCUGGUACAUAAUACAUAUCUUUACUCCAUGUGAAAGAUACUUUCUGUUUUAAUAAAAAAAUUUUUUUGAUUGCAACCUUUCAUUUAAAACAUUGUUCAGGGACUUCCCAUUGUGGCUCAGCGGUAACAAAACUGACUCAUUUCCAUGAGGAUGGGUUUCAAUCCCCGGCUCUGCUCAUUGGGUUAAGGAUCUGGCAUUGCUCUGAGAUGCAGUGUAGGUCACAGACGAGGCUCAGAUUUGGUGUGGCUGUGGCUGUGGCUGGCAGCUGCAGCUCCGAUUUGACCCCUAGCCUGGGAACUUACAUAUGCCGUGGGUGCAACUCUUAAAAAAAAAAACAAAAACACAUUGUUCAAGAAAGAAAUGAUUGGGUUUUAAAACCACCUUAGAUUUCUGCUAAAUAGGUAAGUAUAGAGUGGAAGAAGGAUGGCAGGUAGUAGAGGGAGGGAGGGAGGUUUCAUUCUGCCUGUUUUUGUUGAGGAAUGAUGGCCCUGUGUGAUGGACUGUCUCAAUAUUCUAGAUGAAUAAAUAAUAGUAUACCGUUCACAAUUUAACCCUAAAGUCACCUAGCCAGUAACACUUUUUCCCAUGUCCUUCAUCAUUCUCUAAGUUGCUAGAAAUCACUAGUUCUAACUUUAAAUGAUGGCAGAGUCUUGGUUAAUCAGUUAAGCAGGAGCUUGUAGACUCUUGGAAGAACAGUGUAGGAGGUUUUCCUUGGAGAGUGCAGGCUUGUGGUCAAUGAUUCCUAUCCCUCCUCCUCUCCUUAGCUGUGAGACCUGGGGCCUGGCCAGUCUCCCCGAGGAUCUGUUUUCUAUGGCUGGGAUGACACAGUAUUUUUUUUUUUAGCAAGUAAUUAUAAAUGGAAAUCCUUCCUAAAAUUUUAUACCAUACACUUUAUCUCAUUUAUUAACUUUCACUUGCACCCUUAACUACUAUUUUAAUUACACUUUGUAUCUGUGAGUGAUGGGUUAAUGAGUGCCAUGAGAGUACAGCCAACAGCAUCCACCUGCCUACAGUGCAGCCUCUUACUCAGGCAGAAUAAAGUCAGAUGGAUAAGGCUGUGUAUAAAUGUAUUUUUUUCCUUCCUUUUAAAAGCACAGGAAAAUGAAGAGCCUUUUCAAGUUCUCUCAGGAGGAGGAGGAGGAAGUUACCACAACACCAGGCAGGAAGGAAAGUAUGCUGGGUGUGGUUUAUACAUCAGUUGACUGUGUGUUAAAACGUUCAGGAAUUUUCAGUUAUCCACUAGCACCUAAGGAGCUAGAGCCAGUCUUAUUCCCUGGAGGAAUGGUGGGCAGUGGAAGAGAAGAUGAUAUACUCUGAAGUGCAUAUAAAGACAGUUUUCCAAGCUAAGUGAUAGAAUUUAUGGCAACAUCUGUCGUCAGUGAAAGAGAAAUAGAGUAAUGCUAAAAUAAAACAAAUCUACUUCUAGCUUUAAAAAAUUGUCUUUAUUCAGAAUCAUACUUUCUUUGUUUUUUACUCCUACCAUUAUGAAAGUUUAAAAAAAUAUAGCGCUCGGUGCAACGAAAUACUAAUUUUAAUUAUUAUUCAAACACUUAAUGCAGGUUUCCCACAUGUGAAAAUUCAGCAUGAUCCAAACUCAUAUAUCCAUUUCUCAUAUCUUUCAAUGUCUGCAGCAGACACUGAUUUAGAAACCUUUUUUAAAGCCAUUUCAAAAUCCUCCAUAGUUGUAGGCAUGUGCAUUUCUUCUUUUGAAAGAUUUCUGAUUUCUUCUGGGGUCAAACCUUCAAUACGCCUUCUCAUUGCCAUCAAGGAUGCAUCCCUGGGUUUUAAAUUAAAACAAAAAUGAAACAAAACCAAGAAAUCAUAAAAUUAUGUUUUGCUUGAAUAAAAACCUGUGAACAGAA